UGAUUGAUAAAUACGGUAAAAGAUUCUUUACCCCGCAACCAUCGUUUUGAUAAACGGCUAUACAUGUAUUGUGAUGGCUGCAUAUGCCAUUCCCUCUAAAUAGCUGAAUUCUCCGGCUACGACCCCUAUUUCUCUCUUUCUAUCUACUGGUUCGCUCGUUUUCACAAAUAAAUUUGAUCCUUUCAAGUUCCAAUGGUGGAACACUCAUUAUUUGAAUCUCAACCCCCGAAAAAAUCCAGGACCUUUUUGCCAAAAAACACAUUAAAUUCAGUAAAGGUUUCCUUGUACCGCUGUCUGUCUCUCUCAGUUAUUCUUCUCUUCCAGAUUCUGGUCCUAAAUUUUUUUCUUGGUGCUACGUCAAAUUCUGUAUCCAUUCAUACUCGGAUUGUACAAGAGAAACCCAAAAUAUUGCCAUUGCCAUCUCUUCAAAACGAAGAAUGCCAGUCAGGAAAGGUAUAUGUUUAUGAUCUUCCGGUUAUGUUUAACAAAGAACUAAUAGACAAUUGCCAGGAUUUAGACCCAUGGCAUUCGCGUUGUAAUGCAGUUUCCAAUUAUGGGUUUGGCCCGAUUACUGCCGGGCUCUCUGCCGGCAUGCCGGAGAAUCUAGCUCCGGCAUGGUACUGGACAGACAUGUUUGCCGGCGAGAUCAUUUACCACUCAAGAAUGAUGAAGCACAAGUGUAGAACUACAGAGCCAGAGUUGGCUACAGCCUUCUAUAUACCAUUUUAUGCUGGACUUGCAGUUGCAAAAUAUUUGUUCACAAAUUAUACUGUAAAAGAACGGGAUUGGCACAGUGUAAUGUUACUCAAGUGGCUCCAGGAUCAACCCUAUUGGCAAAUAUCCAAUGGUUCAGAUCACUUCAUCAUGCUUGGUAGAAUGACAUGGGAUUUCCGACGAUCAAAGAAUCAAGAUUGGGGAUCCAGUUUCAUUUACAUGCCUUUGAUGAAACAAAUCCUACGGCUUUGCGUUGAAAGAAAUCCGUGGGAUCAUCUUGAGAUCAGUGUGCCUUACCCCACUGGAUUCCACCCAAAGUCGAAAUCAGACCUCGAUCAAUGGCUAAAUUUUGUACAAACUCGAAACAGAACGAAUUUAUUCACAUUUGUUGGUGGGAAACGCAAGGUGAAGAGCGAUUUCAGAAGUCUGUUAUCGAGUCACUGUUACAAUGAGUCCGACUCGUGUCAUAUAGUGGAUUGUUCCGGGACUCGGUGCUAUGAUGGGACAUGGGAAAUUCUUGAAGCUUUUUUAGACUCGGAUUUUUGUUUGCAGCCCAGGGGUGAUUCGCAUACAAGAAAAUCCACGUUUGAUUGCAUGUUGGCUGGUUCGAUCCCGGUAUUUUUCUGGAAAAGAAGUAUAUACAAUCAAUAUCAAUGGUUCUUGACUGACGAACCAGAGAAUUUCUCGGUUUUUAUCGAUCGAAAGGACGUGAGAAGUGGAGUGUCUAUAAAGAAAGUGUUGAAAGGGUAUGAUAGAGAACGAAUACGAAGGAUGAGACAGAAGGUGGUCGAAUUUAUACCGAGAUUUGUAUAUAAUUAUAUAGGCAGUGAUGAAAUGGGGAAUACUGAAGAUGCUUUUGAUCUUGCUAUUGAUGGAGUACUAAAAAGGUUUAAGGAGGAAAAACGGUACAAAAAUGCAGAAUUCCAGGAGGAAUGAAAUGAAGGGAUCACAUUCUUGCUUGGUUGUGGUAAAAGGUGUGUAUGUACAUACUUCUUUUAAGCACAGCCUUUUUUAAACAAUAUGACCUAAAGGUGCAUUCUUAAUUAGGCCAAUUGUUAAGAUUUAUUAUUUUUUCAUUUAUCGAGUAGUAUGAAUAAAGAGACACAAGGUUACGUA